UCUGACUCGAAUCUUUCCCGGCUGAUCUUGUCUUCUCUCUCACUGAUACAAUGACCCUACUGCACACCUAAACGGCAGCAGACAGCUUCACCUUUGCUGAAGCGACAAACGAGGCAACGCCGGCUAACGCCCUUGAUGACCGGCGCUGACUGAGCGUGUAUACCUUAUUUGUGUGGCCGAGGAGGCUGCCGAGAGGCGGCAGACAAGCAGACGAACAGACAGACAGAGAUGGCGCACUUCUACAAAAUCAAACUCUGCAAGUGAGUGAGCGGACAGUCAGUAGAGUCGCAACGGGCAGCGGACACACUGAGUCAGCCAGGCUCACACACAACGGGGAGAAGCCAAGCACAGAUGCACAGACGGCUGGGCAUUCAUCUGAGUGGCGGGAGGGCUUAUUUCACUCGGGCACUCACUCUGGCUGUCUGUGUGUCCAUUUGCUUGUCUGCGCAGGUUCUGGAUGGAGGGGAGGUGCCAGAGAGGAGGUGGGCAGUCACUCACAAACCACACAGACAGCCACACGAGGAGGCAGGCGUGUCGGCGGGGUGUGACACUCAAGCGAUCGGCACAGUCAAUCACAUGUUGUCUUAUCGCUUGCUGUGCGUCAGAGUUUUGCACCUAUGCGCACGGCGAGGAGGAAAUCAAAGAUCUGCCUGAUCGUAAGACCGAUAGAAAUCCCAUUGGAGCUCGCACAGUGACAUGCUCAUUGCUCGUGGGUGGUCGCCUGUCUGUCUGUCUGUCCGACAGUCGAGAAGACGUCGUUGUGUCGCGAUUGGAUUCACAAGGGGCAUUGCGCUGAGGGGGACAGAUGCAGAUUUGCACAUGGACAGGACGUAAGCACUGACAAACAUGCGCCACACACACAGGGACACUCACAUCGUCGCUGUCUGUCUACUCCGGUGAUGGAUCGCAGGCCCUCCGUUCGACCGGCGCGUAUUACAAGACAGCGUUGUGCAUACUACACAAGAGGGGUCACUGCCCUGCGGGCGACAAGUGCAGACACGCACACAGCGUCGAUGAGAUCAGACCGCGAAAGGCCAUGUAAGCCGAUAGACCGCGCAUCCGCUACAGACACAAAGCGCCAUCCUCACCGUGUCGGUGUGUGUGUUGUCUUUGUGUUUGUGUUAAUGCAGGUGGAAGCCUCAGUAUGCGCCCGGCAGUGACCACCCCACCCCCCCACCGCUCGCGACGGCGGGCAUGCCCCACCCGACUGCUAGAGCAGGCCCCGCCCCUCCCAUCAGCAUUGUGCCCAGCGAUCCCUACGCAUCCAUGAUGCCCGCCCCCGCACCACCACCGCCAGCAUCCAUGGUCGGCAUGGGCAUGUACCCCACGCCACACACAACCGCCACAUACACCGGCGGAUACGGUACGCGCACGGGCAGGGCACACAUGGGUUUGUGGGCGGGAGGGCGGGUGACACAGGCAGGCACUGUGUGAUUGAUUGGUGUGAUUGAUUGGUGUGUUGGCUCAGCUCCUGAUCCGUUCUCGCCUCGUCCAUCUUACUAUCCUACUCACAUGACAGGAUACGACACCCACACUUACAUGGUGAGGGGGGGGGAUAGAAAGCACGCAGAGAGGUGGAUUCGACAUGGUGGUGACACGUCCAUGUGUGUCUGACUGCAGCCUCCACCUAUGGGCUCGAUACCGAUGGACUACGGAAGAGGUACACGGGGAAAAGACGGAGAGAAACGACACCUGCGCGGACCUGACCUCUUGUCUUUGUCCGUCUGUGGAUGUGUCAGCGGCCCCUUUGGUUCAGUUCUUUGGCCCCAGCCGCCCAGUUUACAGCCCACCAGCACCAGCACCCAUGGCCACUUACUACCAUACUAGGGUGAGCCAAGCAAGGCACACCAUCAACACACCAUCACCACCGUGUUGUUGUUGUCCCCCUUGCAGCCUCCCCCCUCUAUGCCGCCAUCGAUGCCGCCGUCGAUGCCGUAUCCCGGCCAGGCCCCGAUGAGCUAUGGCGGCGCCACCAGCCAGAUGCCCCCACCCCGCACCACCCUCCCCCCUCCCCCCGCUUUGGGCCACUCGCACACGCCCCAGAUAUCGCACACGCCCCAGAUGAACCCCAGAUGGCCACACCCUACACCUGGACAUGGCGGAGACAGGGGCAGCCCGCCCAGAAGGUACACAUACCGAGACCGAGGGAAAGCCACGACUGAACGUGAACGUGCGAUGCAUGUGUGUCGACGACAGGAGCGAUUCUUUGCCCGAGAGUGCGGCAGUAGUUGGUACUGGUCAGCAGACGACCAGCGGGCCCCCCAGUGUGGCGGGCGUGUCGCGACCCACGUGUGUGUCGUCAUCGCAGUACGUAUGGGAGAGAGUUCCCACCAUCACCACAUGCCCCUCAACCACGAGCUCACAAGCAGGUCGGUCGACACAUACAGAUGCACGUGUGCGCUUGUGUCAUCUGUUGUGUGUGGUGUGCAGGUACAGUAGCAGGUGCCCGUUCUAAGGAGCCGCACAGUGGCCGACAUCCCUCCACUCUGUCGAUCGCCGGAUCCUCACGCGCCUUCUCGCCUAGCCCAUCAAGUCAGGUGUGCAUAGAUAUCUAACCUCUCCAGGCACACACACGUGACCGUGUCGUUCCGUCCCUUGUCCUGUGCAGCAUCACCCUCUUCCCCCUCCCCCCCAGUACCCAACGAGUGUCACGCCGGUAACCGCUGACGACGAAUGGACACCACCCACUCCCGCAUGGACAUCAGGUAUGUGGGCACGUGACAGCAGGCACGCGACACAUUUCUGACAUCGACGCGACGCAUGGUUUGUGUGUUCGAUGCAGGCUCCACACACACCCAGACGGCCGAUGGGUCAACCCCCGCUGCGACGCCCACAAUGUCUGGGGGCGAGCGGCGGGCAGACAAGGGGGAGGAGAAUGGCAACGGCACGGGCAACGGCAACGGCAACGGCAAUGGCAGCGGCGCUGCUAAUAAUGGCAACGGCAACGGUGCCAACGGCAGUGGCAACGAGGACAAUGGCAACGGGGCGGACGACAGCGGCUGACGAGUGGUCUAAGGUGUCUUUUGCUUGGUCUUGGUUCUUUUGUCGCCAUUGUCUGACUUAGCGCGAAGUGUUGAAGGGGUCGAUCCGAUGGGUGGCCAACCCAUUCAACUCUUGGCAGCCAGUCGGCAAGGGUUCGCGUCUUGGCUGCGCCUCUUCUAGUCUAUCUAUCUCACCAGCUCUCUCACCUUUCACUCACUGUCGUGCUCUCUGACCGACCAAGUGUCUCUCUGCUGUCUUUUCUUCUUGUCUAUGUCGCGCUCUAGAUGGGUCGAGGGAAUGGAUGCGUGGAUGGGUGCAUUGCAAUGCAUUCAUGCUCCAUGCUCCUUUCUUGUUUUUGAAGCCAAAACACGACGGACUCAUCCCACCAGUCACGUCACGUCACGAAGGACAUUUAUGUACGUAUGAGCACCAAGAGGGGGAGCAGCGAGCGAAGCACACACACACCGGGAAAGGAAAGGCAGAGGGAAUCUACUCUUCUUUAUCUAGCUACACCACCUAGAUGGGUGAGGUGACAUCUCUGUUGGUCUAUGUUGUCUCGUUUUAUCACAAGCUGGGGGCUGGCGCGGGUUUUUCUGUCAGCGAGUGGAUAUGAGAUGGUCGGUGGGUCGCACGGUCGUAGAGAGGGGCACAGAAGCGCUGGCUGGCUAUUUGAUGGACAGACACAAGGGCACACGGGGACAUGGCUGGCGUUGUGGGCCAUUUACUGUACACCGUAUGGCUCGCUAGGGGGCGGUAGGGGCGGCGCUUCAUUGUAUGAGCGGCUGGAUGGCUGGUGGUGGAUUUGCUGUGUGGCUGAUCGACCAGUUGGUUGCUCUAUACGUUUCCCCGCCAUCCCCCUUCGCUACCGUGCCUCUUUUGUAUCUAUCGAUUGAUUGCUGACUGACGCAUGAUCUGCCUACUAUGUUGUCUAAUCCAUAAAUCUCUCUGUAAGCCUGACAAGAGAAUUCAGGCGCAUGGAGGGGUCGAUGGACAGACACACACAGACAGGCAGGGCAGAUAAGGAGAAUGAUGAGACAGUGCAAAGGGGAUGGAUGGCUUAAUCAUGCGCCAUUUGAGUGAUGGUGGUGUCACGGUUAUGGUCAGAGAGAGAGGGGAGGUAUGGUCGCAUGCCUGCGUGGCCCCAUGAGUGUGCGCAUGUUGCUAUGCUGUGUGUGCGCCAUGUCUGCGUGGCCGAAUGGAUGGAUGGAUGGAUGUAUUGUGUGCGUUUGUGUACGUGUCAGUGUGAGUGUGUGUGGCCAUACUACUGCCUUUAUGUCUGUGUGUAUGUAUGUAGCUUCGUGUCGAUUCCCUCUGUGUGCAUGUGCGUGGUUUUACUAUCUAUUGCUUGCGCUAGCAAGGGGAGGGAGGGAGGGAGUUGGCUGUGGUGUUGCGGUCACAACACAACACAACACGCAUCCACACACACGUGUUGGGGCAUCGUAUCGUGGGAUCGGUGGGUGGGAGAGUCCAUGUGCAUGCUGUGAAGCCUAGCAUUAUCUCGUGUGCAUUCCCGACAUACAUAUUGUCGCUAGCUAGCUGGCUGUGAGUCUGUCUGCCCGGCCCCCUUCUCACCCAUCCAUCAUCUGCCCAACCCACGCGUGUCGUAUUCACUCAUCCAUCCCAUUGAUUCAUCUGCCCAUAUCUCUCCUGUACAUGGACACUUAGCGGGGAGGGAGGGAGGGAGGGAGGGGCCACUCCACGGGCCUGGGGUAUCUAUCCUAUCUCCCAUGUAUCUCUUUCCGUCCAUCCAUCCAUCCACAUCAUCGCAUCUCCCGCCUCCCUUCUGUCUGUCUAUCGCUUCUACUUAUUGAUUGUACGUACGUAUCUAUCCAUGUAGACAGACAGAUCAGAUAAGUACACUACGCUAGGUACGCCGACAAUCGUCGCACGCCCAAGUGUUUGAUCUUUGGUGAAUCCAUGACAUGAGUCCAUGCAUCGCAUCAUGCCAAAUAGAGCAAAGAUCACUCCGGGGGCGGGGCGGGUGGGCUGGCGGGCGGGCAGAGAGGGGCGGGUAUGAAUUCGGAGAGAGGCCCAUGCAGUGCGAUUCGAUGCAGCCGAUGGAUGGAUGGAUGGAUGCGUGUGUACUUUUCUAUGUACACUGUACGUAUUUUUCUCUCCUGAUUGAAUGAAAAUGAAGCGGGGAGAUAUGUCCUUUGAUCGUUGGUAGAGUGGAUGGCUCCCCCUUGUACCCCUCCCUCCCUCCCUAAUUGCCUUGGUGUAUUCCCCGCCCUCUCUAUGCCAUUGUCCCCUUUACCACCAUCCAUCUCUUUCACACUCUCUCUCUCUCUCUCUCUCUGCCUUGUUCCAUUUUUUCCCCCGUGCACCCUCCUCAGUUCUUUGUCAAGCUCUUCUCGCUCUCUCCCUCUAGCUCGUCUGUCUCACUACCUUCGCGUCCAUGUGAUGUGUGCUCUAUCUGUCGGUCUAUCUAACGCUCUUGCCGGCAACAAACGAAUGUAAUUAUGGUCCUCUCUCUCUCGCAUGGGCUGUGUGUAUGGUCUGCAUGACAUGCAUCGCCUGGUCCAUUUAGCGAAUGGAUGGAAUCGAUCGAAGUGUGGAUGCGUUGCGUGUGAUGUGAUGUGACGUGAUGUGAACGUGAUUUGGUUUGUGCUGUGUGUGCGUGUGUGCUACGGUUUGUGACGUAUGCGUCGGUGUGUGUGCGUGUGGAAGCGAUUGCUCGAAGAAUAUCCCUUCCUACUGUGGUGGCACGUGGUGGGUGGGUGGGUGUGUGGGGGCGGGGCUGGCUGGCUGGCUGUCUGACAUUCAUCAAGUGACUGACGGACACUCACGUGCCCGGUGCUGUUCUGCACUCACGCCACCCACGGCACACCACACCGGGAAGGGACAAAGACUUACUGGCGAUCGUCGUGUGUGAUGUGUUACAUGGAUGGAUGGAUGGAUGUGUGUGCGUGUGAUCUCUGAAGUGACCUCACUGGGCUGGCUACGGCCUCUCUCUCUCUCUCUCCUCAUUGCUUCUCACAUCUCUCUCUCUCUCUCUCUCUCUCUCUUGCCCCCCCUCUCGGCCCGGCCCCCAAUUGUUGCGGUCAGUUUCUCCCUCCCUCCCUCCCUGUUUUGGUCAGUGAGUGAGUGAAUGAGUCAGUUGAUCGAACAGCCAGUCACCGCAGUGAGGCAUGUAUACAAUGAAUGAAUGAAGCGAUGGACCGAUGAGAUGCAUCAAUGCCCAACGCCCCCAUAUGCAAUGCAAUGCACGCCGCGCAUGACGACGGACAGUUUUCCGCGCGGACACACAUUGC